AUGAGUGAAGAUGGACUAAUUGUUAGGAACAAAGCUCGACUUGUUGCUAAAAGCUAUUGUCAAGAAGAAGGCAUCGAUUUUGAUGAAACCUUCGCCCCAAUUGCUAGGCUUGAAGUAAUAAGAAUGUUGCUAGAUUAUGCAACAUACAAAGAUUUUAAAGUCUAUCAAAUGGAUGUCAAAAGUGCAUUUUUAAAUAGACUUCUAGAGGAAGAAGUGUAUGUAGAACAACCACCUGGUUUCGUUAUUGAUUGUGGACAUGAAAAAAUCAAAGAUGAUGAUCACGUGUUACUAGUACAAAUCUAUGUUGAUGACAUCAUUUUUGGAUGUUCAAAUCCAGAUCUAUGUGAUAAAUUCUCAAACCUUAUGCAAGGGAAGUUUGAAAUGAGCAUGCUGGGAGAAUUAAACUACUUUCUUGGCUUACAAGUCAAACAAUGUCCAGAAGGUAUAUUCAUCAAUCAAGCCAAAUACACAAAAGACUUGAUUCGUAAAUUUGGAAUUGAUGGAAAAUCCUCAGUCCAAAUUCCUAUGAGUACUUCGCUAAGAAUGAAUAUUGACAACGAAGGAAAAGAUGUUGAUCAAAAGAACUUUCGUGGAAUUAUUGGAUCUAUUCUCUACCUAACAGCAAGUAGACCUGAUAUUUCUUUUGCUAUUGGGGUGUGCGCAAGGUUUCAAUCCAAACCUAAAGAGAGUCAUCUAUGCGCUGCCAAAAAGAUUUUAAGAUACCUAAAGGGGACCCAAGGUGUAGGACUUUGGUACCCGAAAAGAGGAUCUUUUUAUCUCGUUGGCUAUUCAGAUGUUGAUUUCGCGGGUUGUAGAAUUGAUCGAAAAAACACCUCAGGAACCUGCCAGUUCCUGGGGGGAAGACAUGUAUCCUGGUUUAGCAAAAAGCAAAACUCAAUUGCUACUAGCACAGCUGAAGCCGAAUACAUUGCGGCUGGCAGCUGUUGUGCUCAAAUCUUGUGGAUGACACACCAAUUAAGAGACUAUGGUGUAAUAGUUCGAGAAGUGCGUAUAAAAUGUGACAAUACAAGUGCAAUAUCUAUUACACACCAUCCUGUUCUUCACUCUCGAACAAAACAUAUUGAUAUUAAGUAUCAUUUUAUUCGUGAUCAUGUCGAAAGAAAGGACACCUCUCUUGAGUAUGUCAAUACUGAUGAUCAAUUAGCAGAUAUUGUAAAAGGAUGCUCUAAACAGAAUGCUAGCACAUUCACAAUAUUUGCAAAAUCUCCUUCGUGA